AUGAGGUCCUGCCUGCGGAGACCCAGCUGCCUGGGCCAAGGUGUCCAGUGGCCCUUGCUUUUGGCUGCGUUGAUCUUCUUCCUCUUCACCGUGCCCUCCUUUGUUAAGGAGCCUAACACAAAGCCUUCCAGGUAUCAACAUAUGCAGAACAUUAAAGAAAGGUCUCUAGAGACACUACCAAAGGCGAAGUCCGCGUCACCCACAAUGGGAAGGAGGGCAACUGACCAUGUAGAGUCAGAGCAAGAGGACAGUGUCCUCGACACACAACCCCAGCCCACAGCCCACAGUGCUGGAGGGAGCAGAGGAGCAGGGGCCGACCAGGCACCGCCGGAGAAGCAGGGCACGAAGCCUGGCACAGCAAACACGGUUUUACUGAAGAGUCAGGAAAAAGAGAAAACCGUGCUGGGCACACUGUCACCAAGAGGUCAAAACACGAGGAUAGUCUCUGAAGGGCCAGAGGCCCCAUCACUGAAGAGUCAAGACCUGAAGACAACCAAAGGAAGGGGAGUCCAGGAUGGGAAGCUGACAACCACGAGGGUCGUGGAAGUGAAGAAGCAGGGCAGAGCGGCGACCACGACAAAGACGCUCAUGCCAGGAAGUCAGGACCAAAUGUUGACCACCGCCGGAGCAGUGUCCACGAGGACGAGAAAGAAAGCAACGACCACAGCAGUUGUCCCACCCAAGGAGAAGCAAGCCCAGGUCACCCCACCCCCUGCCCCUUUGAAGAGCGCCACCACACGAAGAGGCCAAGGACUGAGGGCCGCCAACUUCAAGUCCGAGCCUCGUUGGGAUUUUGACGACAAGUACAGCUUGGAUGUGGGGGGCCCGCAGACGACCUGCCCUGACUCUGUGAAGGUCAAAGCAUCCAAGUCACAGUGGCUCCAGAAUCUCUUUCUGCCCAACCUCACCCUCUUCCUGGACUCCAGGCACUUCAACCAGAGUGAGUGGGACCGCCUGGAGCACUUCGCACCACCCUUCGGCUUCAUGGAGCUCAAUUACUCCUUGGUGCGGGACGUGGUGACACGCUUCGCUCCAGUGCCCCAGCAGCAGCUGCUCCUGGCCAGCCUCCCUCCUGGAAGCCCCAAGUGCAUCACUUGUGCUGUGGUGGGCAACGGGGGCAUCCUGAACAACUCCCACGUGGGCCAAGAGAUAGACAGUCAUGACUACGUGUUCCGAUUGAGUGGAGCUCUCAUUAAAGGCUACGAACAGGAUGUGGGUACCCGGACUUCCUUCUAUGGCUUUACCGCCUUCUCCCUGACCCAGUCACUUCUUAUACUGGGCAAUCGAGGUUUCCAGCAUGUGCCUCUGGGGAAGGAUGUCCACUACCUGCACUUCCUGGAAGGCACCCGGGACUAUGAGUGGCUGGAAGCACUGCUUCUGAAUCAGACCCUGGUGAAAAAGAACCUUUUCUGGUUCAGGCACAGGCCCCAGGAAGCUUUUCGGGAAGCCUUGCAACUGGACAGAUACCUGUUGCUGCACCCAGACUUGCUCCGAUACAUGAAGAACAGGUUUUUGAGAUCUAAGACCCUGGAUACUGCCCACUGGAGAAUAUACCGCCCCACCACUGGGGCCUUCCUGCUGCUCACUGCCCUUCAGCUCUGUGACCAGGUGAGCGCCUAUGGCUUCAUCACUGAGGGCCAUGAGCGCUUUUCCGAUCACUAUUAUGAUAAGACGUGGAAACGACUGAUCUUUUACAUAAACCAUGACUUCAAGUUAGAGAGAGCAGUCUGGAAGCGGUUACAUGAUGAGGGUGUAAUCCGGCUGUACCAGCGUCCUGAAACUGCCAAAGCAAAGAACUGACUGGAGCCUGGGCUGCGUAGUCUCUGCACCUGUUCCACGUCACGCGUGCAGUGGGAGUGUUGAGACUCUUCUACCAUUUUCCCAGGGCUCGGACCAGGCUCCAAGCCCUUCAAGACUUAUAGAGGAGGAGACUCCCUCAAGAUGGCAAAUGAUUGAUGGACAUUUGGAGUCCUUUGGAAAAUUGCUAUAGGUUCUGAUGGACAUUCCUGAGACCAGAGAUUUUUAACUAAAUGGGGUGAUGUGUGGUCAAUACCACAGAUUUCUGCUGAAAAUCCUCAUCACUUGACCAAAAGCUACUUGGUACAGAGCAAAUAGCCCAAACUUACAGAGACAUGUAGAUUUGGUUUUAAUUCCAGAUCUUCUAUUUAGCAGUUGUGCAAAUUUGAAGGCAUUACUUAAUUUCACCACAGAUUGUCUAGAGGACCCUUCCAGGAGUUACCUGACUCUGGAAGGGUCUGAACUCUUACUUGCCUUUAAGUUAUUUGACAAUUCUGUGCGUUGUAGAAAACAUAGCAAUACAAAAGAUUCUUGCCCAUGGAGAUGCAAAUAAAUUUUGUACAAUGAAGAUGCAAUUAAUUAUUACCCCAUGGAGACUGAGCAGUUUUGCACUUAGUAGCAAAUUCAUUUCAGCAUUCCUGAUUAUCUAUACGUGUGUCUGUUCUUCCGAUUCUCCUUUGAACCAGGUUUUGCACCUUACUGGUUCCUUCAUUAAUUAAUGAGUUAAAUAAAAUCUUUGAAAUGUG